AUGGCCUGCAUGGUGCAGAACUUUGAGCGACUACUGCGAGCUAUUUACGCACCUCAAAAUAUUUAUUGUGUCCAUGUGGACAAAAAAGCACAGGCCUCAGUCUUUGCUGCCAUCAAAGCCAUUACUUCCUGUUUCUCAAAUGUGUUCAUGGUCAGCGAAGCUAUGAAUGUGGUCUACACUGGCUGGACACGUGUCCAGGCUGAUCUUAACUGCAUGGCUGAUCUCUAUAAUACCAGUACAACAUGGAAAUACUUCAUCAACCUCUGUGGUCAGGAUUUCCCUCUAAAAACUAACUUGGAAAUUGUGCAAGCUUUGCGUGCACUAAAAGGAGGUAACAGUUUGGAGUCAGAGGAAAUGCCUCAAGGAAAGAAGGGAAGAGUGUCUAAUGCUCACCGAGUAGUUGAUGGAAAAGUCCAGCCAAUAGGAAAAACAAAGGAUCCAGCUCCCUUCAAUCUGCCCAUACUAUCAGGAAAUGCCUAUAUUGUGGUCAACCGAGGUUACGUUCGCAGUGUGUUGGAAGACAAGCGAAUACAGGCCCUCAUUGAGUGGGCCAAAGACACCUACAGUCCUGAUGAGUUUCUGUGGGCAACAAUACAACGAAUACCUGGUGUUCCUGGCUCAACAUGGCCCAACCGUAAAUUCGACAUGACGGACAUGAAUGCAAUUGCCCGGAUGGUCAAGUGGCAGUGGCACGAGGGGUCAGAGGGUUCCCUGCAAGCAGUAUACCCAGAAUGUAAAGGCCACCAUGUCAAAUCAGUAUGUGUGUAUGGUGCUGGAGACCUGCAGUGGUUGAUUGAACAGCAUCACCUUUUUGCAAAUAAGUUUGAUGCAGACAGAGAUCCCAUUGCUAUCUACUGCUUGGAGAAAUAUCUGAGACACAAGGCACUGACUGAGUUAGUUUAGGUGGAGAGUUCAUCAUCUAUUAUAAAAGACAGUCUACAUGGAUACUUAAACUAUAAACACAUUCUUGGGUCAUAAUUGUCAUGUGGACAUAGAUGUUUUAUACAAGUUGAGGAUGUAGGUAAAAUAUUAAUUUCAUUGUUACAUUGUUGGG